AUGGGCAAGAUUACAUUUUACGAGGACAGGAACUUCCAAGGUCGUAGUUAUGAGUGCAGCAAUGACUGCACAGACCUGCACUCCUACUUCAGCCGUUGUAACUCCAUCAGGGUGGAUAGUGGCUGUUUUAUGAUCUAUGAGCGCCCCAACUACAUGGGUCACCAGUAUUACAUGAGGAGGGGAGAGUAUACUGAUUACCAGCGUUGGAUGGGCUUCAGCAGCUGUAUCCGAUCAUGUCGUAUGAUUCCAAUGUACCGGGGUUCAUAUAGGAUGCGAAUCUACGAGAAGGCCGAUUUCAGUGGUCACAUGAUGGAAUUCAUGGAUGACUGUCCCUGUGUGUCUGAUCGUUUCCACCACCGCCACAUCUACUCCUGUAAUAUCAUGAAUGGCUUCUGGAUCUUCUACGAGUAUCCCAACUACCGGGGUCGACAGUACUUCCUGAGAACCGGAGAGUACAGGAGAUACCGUGAAUGGUGCGCCACCUGCGCCAUUGUAGGCUCUUUCAGACGGGUCACUGACUUUUAG